GCUUUGUUUUUUAAUUGUCACUUUACAUGAUUGAUGGUUAUUUCAGCGUCAUGUCAAACAUCUCAUCUUGGUUGUUUUUGGUCCUUUGUCUCAUAAACUAUGAAAUAGCAUUUUUAUUCUGUUACACAUGAUUGUUUCUUUAUAUGGUCUCCAUGCAUGAAAUGUGAGCAAUGUGAUCUCAGAAUAGCCAUGUUCUCUAUCUCUUUUGCCCACGUUACUGAAAAUGAUUUCAGGAUAGUAGGUAUUAUUGCAGAAUUACCAUAGCAAUUGGAAGUUGAGUGGGGCUGAUUUCUGACUGGCCACGUGCCUGUAGUGUGUGUGAUUGGUUAUCUGGCUUUUGUUCAGACACAGUGGCACCAGACCUGGCAACCAAGAUUAGAUUAUGAACUUCGUUAUAAAGGAUAGAUUUACACACAUUUUUACCUUUCCAUAAUUUAUCAGAUACUCUUACCCAAAGCAACUUAAAGUUGUUGCAUAUAUUUUACGAUAGCUAGGUUGAACCACCAGAAAAAUCAGCAAUAGUAAGUACAUUCUACACAAAGAAGUAGCUGAAGACAAAAUUGUAUUAAAUUUUUAUUUUAUUUCAACCAGAUGUGAAAAUGCUUUCAGGGAUUUGUUACAUGUUCAGGUUACACUUUCCUACCCCAAGAAACGUGGGACAGCAGGUAGGCUUAUGGUUAGAGCAUGGAACCGACCAGAAAGAAAAAGGUUGCUAGAUCGAAUCCCAAGUUGACAAGAAAUAAUGUUCAUUGUUUUAUUUUUUUAAUCUGCCAAUGCUGUACCUGAGCAAGGUAGGGAAAACUCACUGCUUCCAGAUUAUUCCUGUAAUGAAGAAUGUGUUUUCAGUUUCAGCUUCCCCGGUAAAGGAAGAGUAACCCUAAAACGUCAAUGUCGUAUUGAAGUAUGCUUAGACUUCUCUACUUCAUGGAUGCCAACAACUAAGCCAUCCACACUGAGCUUGUUUUUUUGAUUGUAUAUGCAGAUAUAUUUUUUUAAGUUGACUGAGAAUACAUUCUAAAUUAUUGCAAUGACCUUAAAGCAGUUAGGGUUAACUGCCUUGGUCUAGAAUGAGUAUAGGGCUUCUGCCUAGGUUAUCUAAUUGCUAGGCUACCUGUUGCUACCGGUCAUCAAUCAAUGUAUUUUAUAAAGCCCUUUUUACAUUAGCAGUUGUCACAAAGUGCUUUUGCAGAAACCCAGCCAGAAAGCCCAAAGAUCAAGAAUCAACAAGUAUUGAUGCCCAGUGACUGGGAAAAAAUCCUUGGUAGGUCGGAACUUGGGAAGAAACCUGGAGAGGAGCCAUUUGCAUAAGGGGUGACCAGUCUUCUUUUGGCUGUGCCAGAUUGCCUGAAGCCAUGCAACAAGACCGCCCACGCUAUGUCAUCAACCGGCCUGCCUACUCCCUCCCAGACUUUGAUGGGGAGUUUGACAAGAAGAAACGGACUUUCCCCAUCGGAGAGAAAGUGAAGAAAUGCUUCAGGUGCUCUGGGCCUCGACUCAAGUCCCUGCUGUUCAGACACCUGCCUAUCCUCAGCUGGCUGCCCAAGUACAAGGUGAAGGAGAGCCUACUUUAUGACGUCAUCAGCGGGGUCAGCGCAGGCACCAUUCAGGUUCCCCAAGGCAUGGCUUUUGCCCUGCUGGCAGACCUACCUCCUGUCAAUGGUCUCUACUCAUCUUUCUUCCCACUCAUCCCUUACUUCUUUAUGGGCACAGUUCACCAAAUGGUCCCAGGUACCUUUGCUGUCCUCAGCAUCAUGGUGGGUAUUGAAUGCCUGAGGUUGGCCCCCGAGUCUGACUUCACCCACUUCAAUGCCACCCUUAAUGCCUCAGUGGUGGAUGAGAACAUGAUGAAUGAGGCUCGGCUGGUUAUCUCUGGGACUCUGGCCUGCCUCACUGCCAUCAUACAGAUGGGGCUCGGUUUGAUGCAGUUUGGAUUCGUGGCCAUCUACCUGUCAGAGUCCUUCGUCAGAGGAUUCAUGACUGCAGCUGGACUGCAGAUCCUCAUCUCUGUACUUAAGUACAUCUUUGGAAUCAAAGUGCCUCCCUACAGUGGACCCCUGGCCACUGUCUAUACUCUUAAAGAUAUAGUAUACGGUCUUCCUGGCACUAAUGUAGCCUCGCUGAUCUUUGCUCUGGUCAGCAUUGUGGUUCUCAUAACAGUGAAGGAGCUGGGUGCCCGCUACCGCCACAAGCUGCCUUUCCCCAUCCCGGUGGAGAUCAUUGUUGUGGUGGUAGCCACGGCCUUAUCUGGUCCCCUGGACCUGCCAGAAAAGUAUCACAUGAAUGUAGUGGGGAAGAUUCCAUUAGGAUUUCCUGUUCCUGUCCUCCCCACUGUGAGUCAAUGGAGCGAGAUGCUGGGCACGGCAUUCUCCCUGGCUAUCGUCGGCUAUGUGAUCAACCUGGCUAUGGGCCGGACACUGGCCGCCAAGCACGGCUACGACGUGGACCCCAAUCAGGAGAUGCUGGCUCUGGGGUUCAGUAACUUCUUGGGGUCUUUCUUUAAGAUCCAUGUGAUCUGCUGCGCUCUCUCAGUUACCCUGGCUGUAGACAGUGCUGGGGGAACAUCACAGUUUGCCAGUCUGUGUGUAAUGCUGGUUGUCAUGGUUACCAUGCUGGCCCUUGGGGUUUUCCUGAAACCACUACCAAAGUCUGUGCUGGGAGCCCUGAUAGCCGUAAACCUGAAGAACACGUUGCUGCAGCUCUCUGACCCAUAUUACCUCUGGAAGAAGAGCAAACUGGACUGUUGUGUGUGGGUUGUGUCAUUCUUAGCUACCUUUUUCCUGAGUUUACCUUUUGGAGUGGCCACUGGCGUCAGCUUCUCAAUCCUCAUGGUUAUUUUCCAGACCCAGUUUAAAAAUGGUUCAGAGUUGGCUCAGAUAAUGGACACAGAUAUCUACAAAAAUCCCAAGGUCUUCAGUAAGGUGAAAUCUGUAGAAGGGGUGAAAAUUGUGAACUACUGCGCCCCUCUCUAUUUUGCUAAUGCAGAGAUAUUCCGUCGAAAAGUCAUUAACAAGACUGGAUUGGACCCAGGUAAACUUCUCCUAGCCAGGAAGAAGUUUCUAAAGAAACAGCAAAAGGAGUUAGAAGGGCAGAUGAAGGAGACCAAGAAGAGGAUGUCAAGCUCUCUGCAAGGUCUUGAGAACGACUUCUACAUAGACGAAGGCAAUCCUUACCCGCCACCAUCACCCCAAAGCUAUGUCAACUUCCGCUGUAGUGAUAUCGAACUGGGUGAGCAGCCUCCUGACCCGGACCAGCCCAGUUCCUCACCGGUCACCCUUGACUGUCAGCCCAUGCCCUUCCACACCCUCAUCCUGGAUCUGGCUGGGGUCUGCUUCAUAGACCUCAUGGGAAUCAAAGUCCUCACCAAGAUGAACACGAGCUACGAGAUGCUGGGCAUUAAACUAUACUUGGCCAAUGUUCAAGCACAGGUGUAUGAGGAACUGGAGGGAGGAGGGGUGUUUGAAGAGGGCAGUAUCGCUCAAGGUCAUCUCUUCCUCUCCGUCCAUGACGCCAUCCUCUGUGCCCAACAGAGGUCGAGGAACACAGGAGGCUCUGAAAAGUCAGAGCCUGGAAGAAAGGCAACAUUUCACAAUAUUCAGGAGGAAGAGAAGAAGGAUCUGGAGCAGGAACUGUUCUGAACAUGGCGUUUGCACUUCUGAAGAUUAAGAAAAUGAGAAAUGAAAAUAAAUGGAAUAAUACCUUUUGUAUCAUUAUAUGCUUUAUUGUUUAGUUAAAAUACAACAAAAUCAUUGAUCAAAUGUAAAUAUUACUUUGAUAUCCAAAUCAUGACAAUAAACAUCUAUCAUAUUUGUCUUUCUUAAUGUAGACUUGCUGACACAGAUGUUAGGAAAGUGUGAUAUAUAUAUAUAUACUUCUGGAUUCUUCAUCAUGUCCCUGACCAUUACACCCCUAACUGUGUGAUCUCGGCUGGAGGGGCCCAUUCCUUGGGACAGCAUCAUUGGCACUGACUCUUCUCCAUUUGUACACAAUCUGACUGUUGACAGAUGGAGGCACCUGUCUUUGGAAAUGCUUUUGUAGCCUUUUCUAACCUUAUGAGCCUUCACAAGUCUUGUGAGUCCAAUAUUCCACUUGAAUAGAUCUGUUUUGGGUGUAAGACUUUGCUGGUAACCAAACUUGAUGUUUUUUUAUGAAAGUUGACACUUGGACUUCAAUUACCCACUUUGGGAGUGGUCUUUAUCCCAGGUUUUCACAUACAUUUCGCCGCCAGGGAUGUUUGUUAAAGUACGCAUUUUUGUUCAAUCACACUGUUUAUAUAUUGUUUUUAUUAAUGAAGAUCAGAUUAUUUUGGAAGCCAUUGGUGCAGGUAAUCCAACAGGGUUCACAAACCCUUUCUCCCCACCGAUAACGGUUGGUUAAACAACACUGACUGUGUCCCUCUAGUGGAAUGGGAUAGGGAUACACCACACCAUUCUGAUCUACCAUCAUUUAGUUGAAAAAAAAAAACGAGGUGUUUUUUAGUUGAGGUUUAUUCUUAAUCACUAAAUAUUAUUAAAAUCUAAAUAAUUGGCACAUGUAGAAAUUCAAAUGAACCACAUCAAAUAAUCUCACCACAGAUCUUUGUCAAACUUACUCUGAAUUAUUGUGGAAUCUUUGUGGUCAUCAGUAACUUCCUAUUUAACAGGGUAUAAGCUAUUAUUCAUCCAUCAACAUGGGAAAGGUGAGAGAACACACAAAUGAAAUGGGACAAAUGGAUGUUGACCUUUUUAGAGUUAGAAGAUGAAAGUACACAGGAAUGGCCCAAAAAUGGAAGGAUCUUGAGGAAUUCUGGAUGAAUGGUAUCAGAGCCUUUGCUAUACGUUCUUCUGAAGUGCUGUAAUCUGGGGAAGGGGAUGGUGCACAAACUGUUAAAUGCAGAAAUGCCAAUAAUUGUGAAACAGUUCUUUGAGAAUAUAAUAAUUUAUUUUCUUGUUCCUUACAUUUUUUGACCUGAA